AUGGAAGUAAUAUUCGGUAUUACAUUUAUUGAUGAAAGGCUCAUUAUUCACGAAUUAAAAAAUCGAUUUCAAAUGCCAGCAGAAUAUCAUCCAUGGCUUCCGGAAAUUAUAACGCAUCCCCAUAUCCCGGUUAAUAUUGCUAUCUAUUUGGAUCCGGUGAUUGGCAUCGUUGAUGCACUUUAUCGAUAUUCUGCGGAUCUUCUCUGUUCAUCUGAAAGUUGGCGGCACCCGUUCCAGUUAUUCCAAUGCGAGAUUGUUAUAUCAAAUAUUGGAGAUGAGCGUAUUUUUCUUCGCGACUUCCAAGAUCUGCGUAAUAUAGAAGAAAUUUCCAAAGUUUUGGUCAAUGUUGAGACAUUCAAAGAAGUAAGGAUCAUUGCAAGCUACCCAGAACUAUGGUUCUCAUCAAUGGUUGCCAACAUAUUACCUUCUACGGUCAUUUUUUGCGUUGUUAUUUUUGCACAAUGCAAGCGCCGUAAAGUCCAUACGCUUGUUACUACAUCCGCCUUCGUGUGCAUUAUUUUCAUGCAAUUGGUCCGCAGAACAGAAAGUAUUCUAACCUUGGAAGAUUUAUGGCUGUGCGUUACUUUUUUACAUGUUGCCUGCAUCCUGUUGAUAGAUCUAAUGAUACCAACAUAUAGUGCUCAAUACAUCGAUAUUAGCAAUGGCCAAUUUAUAAGCAUUAUUCAGGAUGAUGUGGAUAUCUCGAAACCACUGCCAUCAAUAAGAAGACCGACAGCUUCUCACGACACGCCUGCCAAACAUGUGCAAGUAACACAAAAGCAAAUAAUAACCACAACAUUGGCAUUACGAAAACGACUACCUCUGACAAUUAUCACAUGCUGCUAUUUUAUUUUUGUCGUUGCUUAUUCCAUGUUUGCACUUUAUUUAGUUUUCAAGGAAAAAAACUUCUUACAGUGGUACUUACGUUAA